AUGACUGACGUUCCUCUUCCUGAAUGCCUUCCAAAGCCAGAAGAACCUAAAGCACCAGCCCCUGCACCAAAUUACUACCAAUUUCCACCUCAAGGUUACUACCAAUUUCCACUACAAGGCUUCCCGAACUACCCUCCUCUGCCUAUGCCUUACUUCCCCAACCCUUGGAUGUUCCAGCAAGCUCCACCCCAACAAUUCCAAUCUCAAUCCAAAUCGAAGAGAGACCAAGAGUUCUUCGUAAUGAGUGUAAAGGACCCAAAAAUAAAGUUUAUGUUAGAAUGUUAG